ACUUAAAACCUUUUAAGGCUGAAACGACGCGUCGACGUAGUCGACGUCAUCGGUUACGUAAAUACGUCGACGUCAUUUUUGUGCGUCGGCGCGUCGCAUAUUUACGUCACACCACUGUCAUGGCGGAGCGCAGAGCAAACGAUGCGAGCGAGGGGAAAAAAACACGCCAAAAGUCGUCAAAAGUGUGGGAGUAUUUUAAUAAACGGCCUAAUAAUGUUGUUUUAUGCACACUGUGUCGAGCGGAAAUGGCGUAUCACAGCAGCACAACGGCUAUGAACGAGCAUCUAAAAAGAAAACAUCCGACAGCGUUCUUCCCAUCACCAUCAACGAGUCAAUCAUCCGCCAAACGACAAAGCAGUGUCCAGGAUUUUUUUCCAAAGAGGCAUGGGACUGAAUGCACACCCCAAGUGGCCGCUGACCUGACUGAUGGUGUCCUGGAAAUGAUGGUCAUAGACAUGAGGCCAUUAAAUAUGGUAGAAGGGGAAGGGUUUCAAAAAAUGAUCAAACGGUUUCACUCUGGCUACACACUACCAUCAAGAACCCACUUCACUAAGCUUAUGGAGCAAAAAUACACAAAGAAAAUGAAUGAAGUCAAAGCAAUCCUGAAAAAUGUGAAAGGAAAACUGACACUCACAACUGAUGCAUGGACAAGUAUGGCCACUGAAGCUUACCUUGGUGUCACCAUUCACUUUGUUAAUGAUGAGUGGGAGCUUACCUCAAUUAACUUGACAACAAUGCCCCUCAAUGAAAAGCACACUGCAGAAAACAUUGCCUCUUGGAUUGAGGAUGUUGUCAAUAAGUUUGAAAUAAACAUAAAACUAGUACAAGUCAUUGUACAUGACAAUGCUGCAAAUGUUGUUGCAGCUUUAAGAGUUCUUGAGGAAAGACAUGGUGUUUCAUCCCUCAGAUGUGUUGGCCAUACUCUACAGCUUGUAGUUAACCAUGCUCUAAAGGACAACCACAUCAGCAGAGCUUUAAGAGCAGCAAGAAGUUUGGUCGAGCACUUCAGAAAAAGUGAGCUAUCCAGUACAAAACUAAAGGUUAAGCAAAAACAAAUGGGUUCUCCAGACCACAGCCUCAUACAAGAUGUGUCUGUGAGAUGGAACAGUUCCUUUUACAUGAUUAGUCGCCUGCUUGAGCAGAGGUGGCCAAUAACAGCAACUCUGUCAGAUCCGGAGGUCACUCAAAGGGGGAAGCAUUUUCUGGAUCUUAAGGCUGACCAGUAGAGCUUGCUUGAAGAACUUGAACGAGUUCUGAAACCUUUUGAAUGUGCAACUGUGUACCUGAGUGGAGAAUCUUAUGUAACAGUUUCCGCUGUCCCUCUGCUGGUCAAAGGGCUUCGGAAGGCUACACAAACUGCUUUUGAAAAUGCAUCAAUCAAGUGUUUCCAGGUCACUGCUGCACGUGAGAUAACAUCCAGGUGGGAAGCCGAGACCACAUUCAAAGAUAAUGGACCAAAUGUGUGCAUAUUAGCAGCUGCACUUGACCCACGAUUCAGGAAGCUGAAAUUUCUGACUGCAGAUGAGUGUUUAAAAGUUCAAUACAAGCUGCAUGCAAUAGUUCUGGAGGAGAAAAGAAGGGAAAAGGAGACACACGCUCAACAGGGCACAGCAAUGCAAGUGGAAAGACCAGAUGCUGACAGGCGGCCUGUAUCUUUACUAGACACACUUCUUGGCUCAGAUUCAGAUGAACUCAGCAACAAUGAGGAAGACAACAAUGACAGUAAUGAUGCUGAAAUGGUCAGAAACGAGUUAGUGUCUUAUUUUGGAGAAUCCCCCAUUUCCAAGGAUGAAAACCCAUUAAAAUGGUGGAAAGAACAUCAGGCAAGGUUUCCAAAUCUGGCAAUGCUGGCUCGGUCUUACCUCUCAGUUCCAGGCACAUCGACCCCUUCUGAGCGCCUAUUUUCAGCUGCUGGGAAUAUUGUAAACAAGAAAAGAACCAGCCUCACCCCAGAGCAUGUAGACAUGCUAACCUUUCUUCAUUACAACUGUUAGUCACUCACUGGAAUGAGUAGAAUUGGUUAUAGUGUACUGUGUUGGACUGGAUGUUUAUUUUGCACAUUUUAAAAGCAAUACUUAAUGUUUACAGUGCUCCAGAAUAUUUAGAUUGGCACAAAUGUUUACAGUGUUACAGAAUGUUUUGCCAUGUUUUCAAUGUUGACUGAGUGGCCAUACUUUUUUUUUUUGGAAAUAAAAGCCAUGCCUUUUGAAAAAACUGGCCUAAAUUUAUUUUUUUCAUCUUAAUUUUAAAUAAAAAAAAUAAUCGGUAAAAGGAAAAAUAAUCUAUAGAUUAAUCGAAAAAAAUAAUCUAUAGAUUAACCGAUUAAUCGAAAAAAAUAAUCUAUAGAUUAAUCGAUAGAAAAAU